CUUUUGAUCAGAAAUGAAACUUAACACAGGGAGGAAGUCCACAGUGAAGGACACGCACUCUCACUAGGAGGGAGUAGGCAUAGGAACCGUUGAGCAGAGGGAACGCUCCGCAACCUGAAGACAUGGCCGCCGUCUCUGUUCCAAACAGUGACUCCACGCUGGAGAAGAAUCUAACCUGCUCCAUCUGCAUGGAUAUAUUUACCGACCCGGUCACGACGCCUUGUGGUCACUCUUUCUGCAGGACGUGCCUAGAGCUCAGCAUCUCCCCGUAUCAGGUGAACGACAUGUGUCCGCUUUGCAAAAAACACCUCAACAAACCUCCAGAUGUUAGUAUUGUGCUAAGAGACAUCGCCACGCAGAUGAAAAGCGCAAUUAGCAACAGGAGUUCGGGGGCACCCGGGGAGGUACCGUGCGACGUCUGCAAGGAGCCGAAGCAGAAGGCGACAAAGUCCUGCCUUGUGUGUCUCGCCUCGUAUUGUCCAGACCACUUGGAGAACCAUUCGAAUCCAAGGCUGAAGGGCCACAAGCUGGUGGAACCAGUGGAGAACUUGGAUGAAAGGGCCUGCCUAGUCCACGGACGCCCGCUUGAGCUGUACAGCAGGAAUCAGCAGAGGAGCAUCUGUGUUCGAUGUAUGGAAGGAGGUCAGGAUGAAGUGGUCUCCAUGGAAGAGGAAUGGCUCAAGAAGAAGACUGAACUGGAGAACACCAAGAAGGACUUAGAAGACAGAAUUGGAAUAAGAAAGAUGAAGAUGGAUGAGAUAAACAAAGCUCUCAAGGAUUGCAAGGACCUGAUUGAAAACGAGUGGUGGGAUAUUGAAGCGGUUUUCACAGCGCUGAUUGCCAUUGUGGAGGCAGCCCAGAAGAAAGCUCUUCAGCCACUAAAGAGCAGAAGGGAAGCAAUGGAAAAAGAAGCCAAAAACCUGAACGAUGAGCUGGAAGGCGAAAUCAACAAAAUUGAGAAAACAAUCUCAGAACUAGACGAUAUCUCAUCACUAGAAGAUCACAUUCUUUUCUUAAAGAGAUACCCGUCUCUGUCAGAUAACGAUGACAUGACUGACUGGACGGAUGUUGAACUUGACACCAGCCUGUCUUUUGGCUCCAUGAGAGAAACUACAACAACCAUGAUUAAAAAAAUUCAGCAGGAGCUGGAGAAGCUGGACUCCACUGAACUGAAAAGACUUGCAACGUUUUCUGUGGACAUAAAGCUGGACCCAGAGACCGCACACCAGCGCCUCGUACUUUCACCUGAUGGGAAGAAAGUACAAGAUGGAGGAGAAAACCAGGAAGUGGCUGAUUCUCCUGAGAGGUUUGAUGUGUUUGGUAGCGUCCUGGGACUCAACAGCUUGACUACUGGGAAGGCUUACUGGGAGGUGGAGGUCAACAACAAGAGUGGAUGGGAUCUAGGUGUAGCCAGAGGCAGCGCCGACCGUAGGGGGAAUCUGACGCUGAGCCCAGAAAAUGGUUACUGGGUUCUGGUACAUUAUGAAGCGGAGAACUACGCUGCCAUGACAGCACCACCCACCCGUGUCUUCCUUGAUGAGAAACCUGAUAAAGUCGGGGUGUUUGUGGACUACGAGGAAGGUCUUUUGUCCUUCUAUGACGUAACAGCGAAAUCUCACAUCUACUCGUUCACCGAGUGUUUGUUCAAAGACGAGCUCCACCCGUAUCUCAGCCCACACGUGAAACAGGAAGAGACGAACUCUGAGGCUAUGGUUAUUUCUACUGGAAAUUACUUUGAAUUUGAUGAAGAAUGAAAGUGUUUGACUUCCAUUUGUGUUUAACCAUUCCAGUGGAUGUGAGUGAUUUCAAAACUUCAAUUUGCUCAGCAGAAGACUGGGGGGAAAACAUCAUAAUAAAUUGCCACAAAGAAAUUAAUGGGGAAAUUUUUUGUUAAAUUAAGUAAGAAAGAAAGAAGUAAGAUGUUUGCCAUUACACUUAAAACCACUUACAUGUUUCAAGUUUUCAAUAAAACUAGCUAAGCUACUAAAACGAUUUUUAAAUGAGGACACACACGCUAACUAGCUAAACCACGCCUACUUUCAUCCUUUCCUACUCAAAACAAACCAUUGUUAGCUCUUGUGUGUAAACCACUGGAAGUAAUUGGAUGUACUUUUAUUUUCUUUUGUACUGUAAACUUUUUUAAACUGAAAAAUAUUCAAGAUAAAAAUUCAUAAAACUGA